AUGGAUAAGUUCUUACUAGAAGGUCUCCGGAAAGGGAAAAAUAGCACUCCCAUGGCGCAGAAUACGGCAUUUGGUUGGGUGUUGUUUGGAAACGCGAUUUCUUCCCAAAAGCAACCUGAUUUCAUAUCUACGCUUCAUUGUGACACCCAGCUAACGCAAAUCAUCACAAGGUUUUGGGAUCUCGAGGAGUUGCAGACAAAGAAGCAUUUUACGCCCGAAGAACUUUACUGCGAGAAGCUGUUCGAAGAUACCACCAAACGAGCAGGAGACGGUCGUUUCAUCGUACGUUUGCCUCUUUCAGUUCGCGCUUUGCUGCGAAUGGAAAGGAUGUUCGCCACCAACAAAGGUCUUCAUGAAGAGCUUAUAGACUUGGGUCACAUGGACCCAGCCGGUCCAGUUACUCAAUUUACUUACUACAUGCCGCAUCACUCAGUGGUCAGGGAAACGAGUACCACCACUAAGCUCAGAGUUGUGUUCAAUUCGUCCAUGAAGACAUCGUCCGGCAAUUCACUGAACGACACUCUAAUGGUAGGCCCUCGGCUGCAACAAGACCUGUUCUCGAUUUUGGUGCGCUUUCGCACUCAUUGCUAUGGUCUUAUUGCUGACAUCGAGAAAAUGUAUCGUCAGGUCCACGUUGCUGAGCAGGAUGUUGACUAUCAACGUAUUGUAUGGCGUGGAUAUUCUUCAAAACCAUUGCGUGACUACCGUCUUCUAAGGGUGACGUAUGGGGUGGCAUCCGCUUCGCAUCUUGCCGUGAAGUCCUUGCAACGAGCAGCGCUGGAUAUAGGCGAUGCAUACCAAAAGGUCACUGAAGUCGAUACAUCCGACUUCUAUAUGGAUGACUUACUUACUGGUUAG